UGGAGUUUGCCAAAUUGCCGACCGGAGCGGCACCGAUCAAGCACAAUUGGUUGAUUCGUACGCCUGCGCAUCGCAUCGAUGUCGCGCUUCGACAGAGGCCCAGCCGGCACGCCAGCCGCCGCGCCAGAGGCUGCACCGCAGGCUGCCAGGCCGCGCUUCGACGUCUACGACGGCGACGCAUUGGUCGACACGAUACGCCUGACGGAGGGGUCGCACUGCUUGGGACGCGACACGGACGCGUGCGACCUGCCACUCGAACACGCGUCGUGCUCGCGGCGCCACGCGCGCCUCGCCGUCGACGCGCGGGGCGGUGUAUUGAUUGAGGACCUGGGCUCGGCGCAGGGCACGUUUCUCGACGGCGCGUCUACACCUUUGGCGGCGCUCGAGCGCGUGCGGCUCAAAGAGGGCGCCUCGGUCACCUUCGCGGCCCUGCCGCGGCGCUACGUCUACCGGAGCGGCGCUCAGGCGCCGGCGUCGACCGCGCCAGCGCCGGCGCCGGCCGCGGCGCCCCUCGACGCCGACGCGAAGCGCAAGAAGCUCUGGGGCGCCCCGAAGAAGGACGCCCUCGAGAAGUGGGGCGAGGCCGCCGGAUCAUUGGGAGGCGCGCGCGGCGACAAGUUCCUCAAGCUGCUGGGCGGCGCGAAGCACGGCGCGACCGCAAAAAAGCGCAAGGCCGAUUCCAAGGGAGAGGACGAUUUGGAAAGACAGUACGAGUCCGCGCGUAGGAGAGGCGGCGCGUGGAAUAGGCAAGGACUAGGUUAAAGGCCGUUAUUAACAAAGUCGAGG